CCAGUAGCGCCAAACUGUGACCGAGAGCCUCUGGGGAACUUCAACGCAUGAGCCUGUGGGGAUGUUCACUCUUCAAACUACAGCACACAUAAGGGAGAUGCCGAAACACACGUAGGGCCUUAUGCUUCGGGAAGAAAUUGAUUGCGGGGCUGGGCAGCGGGGGACACGAGGAGGGCGACGGCUGAGCGGAUGCUGAGAGAGGACAGGAGGCUGUCACCAGCGCCGAGCCAGAAGGCAGCUCCAGGCAGAGGGACCAUAUUUUCUCCAUCCUGUUCUGGUAGUAGACAGGACCCCUGAAGGGACCCUGGGCUCUGCGGAACCCAACAUCCGGUGACACUGGAGAGCAACAGUCCCCCAUCUUUAGGAGUGGUGGCCCGGGCACAGAGUGGAGUGACAGCCACCCAGGGGACCUCAGCUCCGAGCAGGAACCCAGGCCGUCUGCAAACAUAGCCUGCCAGGCCCAUGAAUGGGGAUUUAGCAGCUGGCAAGAUGGCAUCGCCCGCCUGUGCCAUGGGUCCCAUUGACAGCCUGGAGCUCCUGGACCUCCUUUUUGACAGGCAGGACGGCAUCCUGCGACAUGUGGAGCUGCCCGACGGCUGGGGCCGCGCUGCCAAGGACCAGCAGGCACCGCCAGGCUCAGACUCCGACGACUUCCUGAGCUCCAUCCUGGGCCCCAGUGACUCAGCCUCCAGCUCCCCGACCUGGUCCCCUGCGGCCAGCGACAGCGGCAUCUCUGACGACCUGCCCUCCGACCCCCAGGACAGCCCUCCACGUGGCGGGGGGCCAGGCACUACCCCGGCCAGCUGCCAUUCCGCUGAAGGCUGCUGCCCUUCCUACCUCCCCGGCCCCUCAGGUCCUGCCAGGCCUCCCGGGACACAGGUGCCGGAGGCCUCUGUGGCCAUAGACCUGGACAUGUGGAGUGCAGGGGGCCUCUACCCCGAGCAGCACGCCGGCUCGCCCUCCCGCUUCAACCUGACCGUGAAGGAGCUCCUGCUGGCCGGUGGCAGCGGGGACCAGCAGCAGCACCUGUCCGCCGCCUACCUCCUGCGACCCGGGAAUGGCCAUUGCCAGGAGCUGGUGCUGACGGAGGACGAGAAGAAGCUGCUGGCCAAGGAGGGGGUCGCCCUGCCUACCCAGCUGCCCCUCACCAAGUAUGAGGAGCGCGUGCUGAAAAAGAUCCGCCGGAAAAUCCGCAACAAACAGUCGGCUCAAGAAAGCAGGAAAAAGAAGAAGGAAUACAUCGACGGCCUGGAGACCCGAAUGUCAGCCUGCACCACCCAGAACCAGGAGCUGCAGCGGAAGGUCUUGCAUCUGGAGAAGCAGAAUCUGUCCCUCUUGGAGCAGCUGAAGAAACUCCAGGCGCUCGUGGUGCAGUCCACUGGCAAGUCCGCCCCGACGGGCACCUGCAUCGCUGUCUUGCUGUUGUCAUGCGCCCUCAUCAUCCUCCCAUCAAUCAGCCCCUUCGCCUUCAACAAAGCUGAGAGCCCCGGGGACUUCGCACCCGUACGAGUCUUCUCCAGGACACUGCACAGUGACGCAGCUUCACGCGUGGCCCCGGGGGACACCGCAUCAGGUCCCAACACCCCAGGCUCCCAGCCAGACACCGCAACCCAGCAAGGGUCCCCAGGCAGCCUGGGGGCAGACUUGGGGGGCUUCUUGGACAAGCCGGCGCUGGGUAACACCACGAAAGAGCUGGACAACUCGAGCCUGGCCCUGGGCAACUCGACGGGGCAGCUGGGCUGGGCCACCGUGCUGAGCUGGGUGGCGCCAGAGUGGGUGCUGAGCCCCGGGCAUGCGGGGCUGGAGGCGGCAGGGGAGGAGCUCUGAGCACCCCUGGGCCCUGGGCUUGGGGCGCUUCAAGGGCCCUGGCAUGGACAGCAACAGACCCUGGGGGCGUGGGGCUGGAGCGUCCAGCAGGGACACUCAAGUUCACAGCUGCACCCAGGACCGACGGCCCCUGAAACAGGCCUCAGAGGACAAAGUCUGAGAAGCACCCCAGAAAGGCCCCUUGUGCCCGCCUGGGGCUUCCUGGCGCCCCAGCACCCCAGGAACCUCUCUGGACAUUGGUGUGGCCACAGCCACGAGCACCCCCUUUUCUAAGACUUUCCGAGCCUGAAUAAAGUAUUUUGACAGAA